UAGCCGCCAUUGUACGAAUAUCGAGUGAUGAGUGGUUUGUCGCGCCUUAUUUACAUAUAUCUCGUUUUUGUAUAUUAAUAAUGAGAUAAAAUGUCCGGACCUCUGCAAUUCAGCUUGUCGAACACCUGAAGCGCGUCGACGAUAAGACGGUGAUAGGAGCUGCACCAAUGUUACGAAGGUAACCUCUUCGCGGACGAUCGGUAGAGACCAACUGCUAGCUACAAUAGCACAGGUAUUUGUGUGUUUUUGGCUCGAACAAACAUCUCACCAGCAGUAUUCGAAUAUGGAAGUAUCCGGUACCUCAAAACGGAUCGCUCGAAGUGGUAAUUGUAGACAGGAUCCUCAUUGAGUGCGUGUAUUGUAGGUGAACGAUGAGUAAACGACGAAGAACCAGCUCUAUCACGAGCAAGGGACAGGAGGAUGACUCGUUGGACAGCUUGGAAGCUUCCACCAGCAGUGGUCCUACUAUGAGGAAGAGGAAAAGACAUCAAGAUCCAGUGGAGUUGAUUCAACAGCUGUAUGAUGUAGUAAGAAACCACAAAAAGAAAGAUGGUUCGUUGCUUUGUGACACCUUCAUUCGUAUUCCAAAAAGAAGACAGGAGCCUGGAUACUAUGAAGUGGUCAGCAACCCAAUAGACCUGCUCAGAGUGCAGCAAAAACUCAGAACGGACGAGUAUGAAAAUAUAGAGGAGUUGCAGAAUGACAUUGAGUUACUUGUCAAUAACACAAAGUCCUUCUAUAAGAGGACCUCUCAGGAGCACAAGGAUGCGACUGAGCUGUGGGAUCUGUUCAUAUCCACCAAAAACAAGUUGCGUAGUGCAGAGGAGGAAAAUAAAAAAGGAUCCAAUAACAAGCAAUCUCAGCAACAGCUACCAGCUACAAGAAAUUCUCGUCGUAGUGGCGUUAUAAAAAGUGAUCAGAAAAAUCAUCAAAAUCAUGACACGCACGAUGACGAUGAAGACGAGGAUGAAGAGGAUGAGAAACCGUUAGAAAACAAGAAAGAACCUAGCACCCCCGCCAAAAAGAGCGGCAAAAAACGUACUCCGUUCGAAGAGCUCUACACAGCUGUGAUGUCCGCCAAAGACGAGCAUCACAAACCGCUUCAUCAUCCGUUCAAGUUGCUUCCCUCCAAGAAGGAGUAUCCAGAGUACUAUGAGGUCGUCGAACAACCCAUCGAUUUGAAGAUGAUACUGGCUAAAGUUCAUGGGAACAAGUACAAUCACUUGGUGGAGAUGGAGCGGGACUUGUUGCUGAUGUGCAAGAAUACGUGUCUCUUCAACGAGCCGGGGAGUAAUAUUUAUAAGCAGGCUAAGGCGCUUAGGAAGUUCGUCCAGAUAAAACGUCUCGAGAUCGACCCGACAGGCCCGAUAAUCGGCCAGCCCCUCUUACCGCACCAUCAGAAAAUGCUCGGCCUUUCGCCGUCAGGCAACAAGACCACUCCGGCGCCAAGCAGCGGUAGAAGCAGCAGAUCACGGCCUGCGGGAUUGUCGCAAACCACCCCCGGUAGACGGACGCCCACGUCGCCGGCUACGAAGUCUACUAGAGGAAGUACGCCUGUUACCGCUGAGGAUACACCGUCAACGCCUGUUAACACUCACAGUAAUCGUCGAUCGGGUGCUGUCAACACACCAUCAUUAUCCACUCCUCAUCCGCCUACGACGAAUUCGACAUCUUUUUCAACACCUUCACCUGCUUCUUCGGUGGGGCGGUCGCCGCAACUGCAGCAUCUCGGACAGGGGGUGUUCGCCCCAUCUCCACAGAAUGCUGAAGAUCCCCAGUGGAGGCUAUUCGAUACUGUGCAGACUGUUACCGGUAGCAAUGGGGUACCUCUAUCGGUUCCGUUUUGGAAGCUGCCGUCAAGGAAGACGUAUCCGGACUAUUACAAGGAAAUAAAGAACCCCAUGUCUCUAGGCCAGAUCAAGAGGAAACUGAUGAAUAAAGGAUACGGCAAUUUGAGUGAGGUUGCAGGAGACCUAACUAUCAUGUUCGAGAAUGCCAAAAAAUACAACAUACCAUCUUCGAAGUUAUAUAAGGACGCGGUCAAAUUGCAGAAGCUGAUGCAGAUGAAGGUUCAAGAACUACUUGACAUUGAUCAGGAGUUGGUGAGCGGUGCAACCCCAGAAGUAGUGAGACGGAAACCUGGACCUAAACCUAAGACUCCAGGUAGUCCUGAGCAGAAGGCUCCUAGAGGAAGACCGCCAAAGUUACCUUUGAAGCAACGGUUGACAAUCCUUGCCAAGUAUAUGCUUGACUACACGUGCGAAGACGGUCGCAAACCGAUGUUAGCCUUCAUGGAAAAACCCUCGAAGAAAUUGUAUCCGGAAUACUACGAAGUCAUAGCCGAACCGAUCGACUUCCUAGAAAUCGAAGCUAAGAUCAAGGCAGAACAGUACAGCUGCGAAGCAGACCUAGUAAAGGACUUCCGACUAAUGUUCAGUAACUGUCGACAGUUUAACGAGGAAAACUCGCCGAUUUUUGAAGAUGCGAAUCGAUUGGAGAAGUACCUGGACGUGAAGGUGAUCAAGCCGGUGAAGCCACGGUUGGGGCCCGGGCCUGGCAGGCCGCCGGGGAGCUGCAAUCGGUCGCCUGAUGGAACUUUUAGGAGAGCUAAGGAUUCACCUAGAGUGUACAAACCCCGUAAGCUGAUAUGCAACCAAGAACGUUACCUAAAAACCCUAUAUGACACAAUCAAAGACUAUCGGGAACCUAAAGACAAUAGACAACUAUCUUUGAUCUUCAUGAAGCUACCUUCGAAGAUUGACUAUCCUGACUACUACGAGGUGAUCAAGGAACCUAUCGACAUGGAGCGCUUAUCUUUUAAGCUAAAAACGAAUCAGUACGAGACUUUAGACGAUUUGGUGGCGGAUUUUACGCUAAUGUUCGACAACGCGUGCAAGUUCAACGAGCCUGAUUCGCAGAUUUACAAGGACGCGUUAGUGCUGCAGAGCGUCUGCAUGCAGACGAAAGUUCAGCUGAAAAGCGUGGACGAUGACGUAGCGCCUGAUGUUCAAGCUGCUGUUCAGGAUAUCCUUCUGACUCUUUUCACCACCGUGUACAACCACCAGGAUGACGAUGGCAGGUGUUAUUCAGAUUCUAUGGCGGAGUUGCCUGAACACGAGGAAGUCGACGGCAGAAAAGUUCGAGCGCUAUCCUUGGACCUGAUCAAGCGGCGUCUGCAGAAGGGCGUGUACAAACGACUGGACGUGUUCCAAGAGGAUUUUUUCGCGUGCAUGGAGCGUGCGCGUCAACACAGCCGUACGGACUCUCAACUGUUCGAAGAUGCCACCGAGAUGCAGCUGUAUUUUAUAAGUCAGAGAGAUUCACUGUGCAAGAAUGGAGAAUUGCUUUCGUCGACGGCGCUCUCUUAUACUGCUGAAGACCUCAAGGCUAAGGUGGAGCAACUAAGGCAAAGCAAACACCUGAAAGAAUCCCUGGAAGAAGAUGCGAACGAAACCCGCAGCUCCGACGACUCUACCGUUGUGAUGGGCCCUGCGCUUACCAAGGGUGAACCGGCUGAAGGCGCCGAGGGGGGUCCGCCUCCUGCUGAAGGGGGCGAGGAGGGGAAAGCACCUGAGGGGGCAGAAGGAGCACCCGAGAGUGCAGAAGGGACGCCAGAAGCAUCCAAGACCGACACCGAUGCUUCCAAAGAUGCCACAGAUACCAUCAAGUCAAAGGGCAGUGAUCAAACUGAGGAGAUGACUACUUGUAAGGAGGAUGGGGAGAGGACGUUCAAGGUUGGGGAGUUCGUGUAUUUAGAAGCGAAGGAAAAAGGUUGUGAACCGCACAUAGUGUGCAUAGAACGUUUUUUCGAAAAUGCCGGCAAGAAGAUGAUGUACGGAAACUAUUACCUAAGGCCAGCCGAAACUUUCCAUCUGUCGACGAGGAAGUUUUUAGAGAGGGAGGUGUUCAAGUCAGAGAAGCAUGUCACUGUCCCAUUAGAGGAGAUCAAAUCAAAGUGCUGCGUGGUCAAUGUCAAACAGUACUAUCUCAUGAUGCCAGAGGGUUUUGAAGACAAAGACGUUUACGUGUGUGAAUCUCGAUAUUCAGUGCGAAAUCGUAACUUCAAGAAGAUCAAGAUUUACCCUGAAAACCCGACAAUCAAGUUGGUACCUAGAGAAACGCCUUUGGAACCGAAGAGGGUGAUGUCAGUAUUCCGGGAAAGGGUGGAAAAACACAAGGACGAGCUUGCUGAACUUGAGGAACAGGAGCAGCUCAUCCAGAAGGAGAAACCGAAUAUUCCGGUACCAGCGGGUAUGUCAAUAGACGACGGCAAUACGUACUAUGAACAGUUCAACACGAUUUGUUCGGGUGUGGUUAAGACUGGCGACUUUGUGUAUGUUGUGGCUGAGGGAGGAAAGCAGAUCAUUGCUCAAAUUGAUCAUAUCUGGGAGACUAAAGAUGGCAAGUGCUAUUUCCGCGGACCCUGGUUCAUCACCCCCUCGGACAUUCCUCCAACUCCCGGCAAGCUCUUCUACCGCCAAGAGGUCUUCCUGUCGACACUAGAAGAUGUCAACCCCAUUGUCAGUAUUAUUGGCAGGUGCCAUGUGAUGGAGUAUAAUGAUUACAUAAUGUACCGGCCUACGGAGAUCCCAGAGGCGGACGUGUAUAUAUGCACGUCGAUGUACGAUGAGAUCAACAGGCAGAUCAGGAGGUUGUCCCAAGAGGGUUUGCGCAAGUACCAGCACGACCCGGAGGUCGCGCAGGAUGAGCUCUACUUCUUCCCGAGGAUACUCAACCCUCCAAAGAAAUCGAACAAGAACAAAGUGGUAACCGGCUACAUCUUGUACUCGCGCGAGGUGCGCAAACAAGUGGUGCAAAACAACCCGGAGUCGACAUUCGGCGACAUCAGCAGGAUAGUGGGCAGCGAAUGGAAAUCGUUGCCGCAAAGCGAGAAACAGCUGUGGGAGGAACGGGCGAGCAGGUUGAACGAGGAAACGAAAGCGACGAUGAUGAAUGUCGCCGCAGCGGCAGCGGCCGCCGCCGGGGAAGACAGCACGUGCGCUAGCCCGCAGCCGAAUAUGCCGCCUCAAGAUCAGAUAUACGAAUGCCUGUGGGACACCUGCGACUACCAGUUCGAAGACACGAUCGAUCUGAUCGAGCACUGCAUCAAAGACAGGGAUCAACCUAGCCACGUGACGGCGUUCUUCCAGGAGAAUCCCGGUUUGGAAUUUCACUGUCAUUGGCGAAACUGCGCGAGGAACAGAAAGAACCCGCAACCGUUCCCGAAUGCGACAAGGUUGAUCAGGCAUAUCAGGGAUAUGCAUAUCAAUAAGGGGAAUGGGAGGUCGGUGCCGCCUGAUAAGAGAAGCUCGAACUUCAAGCCUUCCAGUAAACCACAACCGGUUAGUCGUCCGACUCCUACUGCUACCCCUAUUCCCAGUGGAAUGGUAAACGGAGGAGGUGCAACGCCUGGGGGCGGAGCUGCUGGAGCGGUACUAACGGCGAAUGCACAGAAAGCUGCGGCUGCUGCGGCCGCAGCGGCUGCUGCUGCCGCGGCCGAACCCAUGUUUAUAUCGGUACCACCUAGGCCGCAAAGGGUACUACAUUCGGAAGCUUACAUAAGGUACAUAGAGGGGCUGCAGGCAGAAUCGAAACACAUAAGUAAUUGGGAGCGACAACUUCAAGCGACUCAAGAGAACACCCCGGCGCCAGAUCCAGAAAAGCUACACCAAGUUGCUACAUGGCUGGGCAACAAAAGGGAUCAACACGAUAAUGUUGUUGCAGCACUGUGGACGCUGCGUAAUCAGCUCCUUAAAGAUACAUUGGGACUUCACAAAACUUGCAAUUAGUACCAUUGGGCACUAUAUUGUAUCUAUGAUUGCAGUAUCAGAGCACACUGAUACAUUUUUGAGGUGCGACGAAAAGUGUUGAUGUGAUAAAUAGAUUCCUAGCACAACUUGUCCAGGGAAGGUCUUAUGGACCUUUGUAUCUCCAAAUGUCGUCUUGGUGUGUCAAUAGCACGCUAUAUUGAAAAUGGAUUUUGAAUUCAUGCUAUAAGCCAUGUCCACCCUUGAUGGAUGUGAGGUAUGCAUAACCUAUGAGUUUGAGUUGGCGAAAAAUAUUUUCGAGUUUUUAGAUAAAAAUCACUAAUUGUGGACAUUUGCAGUAUUUAUUCUCUGUAUAGUGAAAAGUUGCCGAUUCAAAGAUUUUUUUUUUCGUGUUGUGAAUACAGUAAUUCGAGUCUAUACAUAUGAAAGUUCGUUGAGAACAAGCACAAAAGAUGUCAAUAACAAGUUUGAAACACGAAACACCUCCAAAGCGCAUGGAAUAUAAGGUUAUGUUUCACCCACAUCCGAAGCAUGUGACGUCACGUGGACAUUACCUAUAGGGUCUGGUACAAUGUGUAAGCUAUUUCAUGUUAUUUUUCAAUAGGCGUCAGUCGAGAAUAUCCAAUAACUUUACUCUUUAGUAUUGCUAGCAUAUAUGUAUGUACAUUUUGAUAAACUUAAUAAAUAUCCUGGCUGAUUCUAAUGGAAUAAGUACACUUCUGACAGGUUCUAAGUGGUACCAGACCAUAAACUGUGAUAACUUUAAUGCUAUAGCAAAGAAGCAAAUUGGUCUAAUCAUAUUGGCAAAUUUCUCCGAAAUACUUGUGAAGUUCGGUUUUAUUGGUGCAAGAUGUUCAAGGGGGUAUUUGAAACAUGGACGCAUAAAAUGGAUAAACAAAUUUUUGUGGGAAAACUUUUAAUUUGAAAACAAAAAAUGAGACGUGUUUUUUGGGAUUCAAUCGAAACUGUUGACAGGAAUGAAAAAACUUUUCAUAUAAGAUUUUUAGGUAUUUAUGAGACCUACAAAAUGAUACCACACGUAAAAAGAUCCGACUAAUAGCAAAAAUGUUAUGGCCGAAAAACGAGGCAAAAUGCAGGUUUUGGCAUUUGUUGGUAAUGCGACGAUAAUGUCACGCAACUACUUGAAAUUCUUCAAAUCCAUCCUUCUAAAUAAGAACCAUAAAAUUGGAGUAGUUUAUCCCAAAACACCUGUUUUCCGGCCAUCACUACUAGUUUAUUGAGUAAUAUAGAGGAUUCGUUCAAAGAGCAUUUAAUAGCAAAAUACACUAGUUUACCUUGCCGAUAUAAAUCACAAACCAUUCCGAAAGAUAAAUGUUACUUUUAUGCGAAAAAAAAGGUUACGUUUUUUUCUUCUAAACAAAAUCAAAAAUUCCGUCUUUGUGAGAAAUUGAACAAAUGCGCUAUGAUAUUCGAAAAACAUACAUUACUAUACACAUUUUAAAACAAAGCGGAUGUGUCUAUCAUCUUUUGUUGCAAAUUACUCACAAAUACGAAGUGAUUGAAUUUGUUUAGACGAAAAAACGUAACCCAUCCUUUUUUGCAUAAAAACAACAUUUAUCUUCCAGAACGGUUUGCGAUUCGUAUCGGCAAGGUAAACUAAUGUAUUUUACUAUAAAAUGCCCUUUGAACUAGCCCUGUAUAUUGCUCAAUAAACUAGUAGUGAUGGCCCGAAACCGUGUUUUGGUGUAAACAAUUAGAAAUUCUCAAAAACUACUUGACCAAUCUACUCCAAUUUUGUUGUGGUUAUUUAGAAGCACGAAUCCUACAAAUUUGAAGAAUUUCAAAUAUCUACGAGAAACCCUCGUUGCAUUACCAACAAGUGCCAAAACCUGCAGUUUGCGUCGGUUUCGGCCAUAACUUUUUUGCUAUUAGUCGGAUCUUUUUACGUGUGGUCUCAUAAAUACCUAAAAAUUAUAUAUGAAAAGUUUUUUCAUUCUUCAUUGUCGAAUAAAAGGUUUUCCCGCAAGAAUUACUAUACCAACUUUGCAGCAAUAAAACCAGACCUAACAAUUAUUUCGCAAACCAGGGGUAUUUUCGUAUAAUAUGAUUAGACUAAAUGGACAUUUUUGUCCCAAUGUGGAAGUGGAUUAUAGUAUAGAAGGUUUGAACUUCGACACGAUAAAAGAUGAAAGUUGCUUAAAGCAACAUCGCUAUACUUACAAGAGACUCGUAACAAAAUGGAGAUGACUUUCAUUUUAGCACCUGAACAAAUUGACUUACAUUCAAUAUGGCGUGCUACUAAAAAUCAGUUUCAUGAUCUUGGAAACUCGAUUGUUUUGAGGCAUGUCUAAAUGAUAACAAGACUUUGCAAACUGGUCUCAGAUGUGUCAGACUUGUAGGCACGAUAACUGAAAAACCUCAAUAAUACAUAGGGGUACAAACGAGAAGUAAUUCAAAGGUUAUCUAAUAUGCAUCUCAUAUUGUAAUUUUGAAAAUGAUCUCCACCUUCCAUCUCAUAAAAAAUCACUAGGUUUGAGAUAAUUUGAUUUUGGAAGUAGAGACCAUUCAGCUUUGCUUCAAUUGUUUACAGCAAAGGUCUGUAAACUAAAUAAACUGUUCUCUCUUCCCUUACAUACCAGACUACAUUGAAAACUUGUGCCAAAAAUAAUUUUUGAAUUCACUUUGUGAUUUGCCAACGUUUUGUAUUCACUGGCUAUGUAAAUAUAUCAUCCACAUUUGCAAUUAUUUUAUUGGAAUAAUACCAUAUGUACAAUUAUCCCACUUUCAAUUAUCAGUAAACAUAAUACAUAAUAGGUUUAAGCUGAGAGUGUUUUUAUAUUGCUAUGAGGUUUUUAGUUGUAUAUUUGAUCCAAUGGGUGGUCAAAGCACAUUUGACUUUUGGAUGCAAGUUUUCAAUCUCGUGUAGUAUACCCUUUAAUUUUCGUUAAGGGAGCUUUGUUAAGGUGUAUUUAUUAUGUAUCGCAUUAUCUUGUAUGAUUUUUUAAUUUUAUAGGAACAUAUAAAAUAGGAAUCAUUUUUGUUUUAUAUUUUGUAAAAAUAAAUACUUUACAAGAGAAA